AUGUUGCACCUAUUGAUUCCAUCCCUUGUUGUACCGCAAGAUGUCUCAUUGGACCGACUCAUUAUUUCAGAGCGUGAUCGCUUGUAUUAUAAUCGACUUGUCAAGCUCUUGUCCAUUCUUUUUAACCCUAUCACAUUGAUGGCUCUGUUUUUACUCUACAAGUCGUACAUUACCAAUGACUUGAUCAUACAUGAGCCUGUAGAGAGAAUUUCAUCCAUUCCCUACAUCAAAAUAUUGUUUUACGUGUGUUGUUCUCAUCUCACUCUUUGGUACAACUCUUACAUUUCAUUCACUCAGUACCUUCUUCUAUGGUUUGCCAUUCCAAGUGAUUUCUUAGUGAUGUACUUUAUCUAUACCCAUAACAUUAAUUUUGAAGGGUUUAGAUAUUUUCUAUUCCUGUUCCUGUUGCUUUCUUGUUUCCUUCAAUUUAUUUCAAAGAUCGUAGAGACAUUCAAUAUUAGUGCAGAGACGAUCAUUUUGGAACGAAUGAGACUUAGCGUGGGAAUUCCCUCACAGAAUUCUCAGACUUUAUGGACUGCGUUCGAACCAAGUUCAGUAUCUACAGUUCGUUCAUUAACAGCAGCGUCAAGAAUGAACAUGCAACAAUUACAGAGCCAUAAGGAUAACUUGUUGCAAGAAUUGAAAGAUAUCAAACAGGAGAUCAAGAAAAAGAAAGGACAAACAUCCAUGAACCGUGUCAACAGAACAAGUGUUGCUUCUGCUUCUACCAAUAGAACUACUACAAUGAAUACCACAACCAGUACUUCUACUUCUCAAUACUUCAACAUAUACAGUGGUUCCAAAGACCUACAGAGCGACACUUGUUGUAUUUGUUUGUCCAAUCCUCCCUCUUAUCAAUUCAAACCAUGUUAUCAUUGUUGCGUUUGCGAAGAAUGUGUCCUGAAUCAGUAUCCAAAUACCACUUACUUGGAAAAAGAUAAUGCAUCAGAAGGAGAAGAGCAAGAUGAUGGUUUUGAUGUUGCAACAUCUCUUGACACUGAUGAAUAUUUGGAUUUCAACGAAGGAAACAUAUUCCUUAAUCAUCCACCCAAAUAUAUUCCUAGGGGAGCCUUUGCAAAAUGUCCAGUCUGUAAAAUGCCUGCCACCGAAUUGGAAAUGUAUCACUAUGUGAAUAAGUGCCAUCUCAUGAAAAACAGAAAUACCACCACAAGUAAUAAUGAAACUUAUCAUUUUCAUGGAGUGCAGAGAGGAAAUGUUGAAACUCAAUUACUGGUGAGAUAUUGUAAGAAUAACCCAGAAAUUUUGAAAAAAUUAUCUCGUGAAGCUUUGGAGCAAAUGAAAAUCUUAUUAGAGAUCUAUGAUAUGCUAUCUCAAUAA